UGUGAUUCACAUCAAUUGACACUGACAGCAAACAACAAUAACACCCUAAAAAUGUUAAUCUACCUAUCAAAUUAAACAAAAAUUGUUUAUGUCUUUUUAAAAAGUUUAAAAAAAAAAGUUUCUAUCAUGUCUGUGAUGUUGACUGCUGAUUGGUUUCCCUUGGGACGAGAUGUAUACUUUAGAAAAUUUGAAUUAUAUCCAAUUGAAUUUCAAAAAGAAGUUAAUCAAAAUAAUAUUGUUGUUGCUGCACCAUACGGUGGUUCAAUAGCUGUAACAAGAAAUCCAAAAAAAUUUGUUAAAAUACAAGGUUCUAGUAAGCCAAUUAUUUCAUUAUAUUCAUCAUCUGGUAUAUUAACUGGUAAAUUUACAUGGAAUAGUGGUCAAUUAGUUGUAUUAGGAUGGUCACAUCAAGAAGAAUUAUUAUGUGUUCAAGAUGAUGGUACAAUAAUAAUAUAUGAUUUAUUUGGUGUUUAUCAAUCAUCAUUUAGUAUGGGUAAUGAAGCUAAAAAUACAAAAGUUAUUGAUGCAAAAUUUUUUACAACAGUUAAUGGUACUGGUGUUGCUGUUUUAACAUCAACAAAUUUAAUAUUUUUAGUUAAUAAUAUAAAUGAUCCAAAAGUACGUAAAUUACCAGAAAUACCAAAACUUGGUGGACCAAUUGAUUCAUGGUGUGUUGUUAAAUUUGAACGUGAAAGUCGUGUUAUAUUAUCAAAUCAAAAUGGUAUAUAUGAAAUUCAUCAUGCUGGCACAAUACCACAACCAAUAUUAAUUAAUAAUUUUUUUACAAAUAAUAUUAAUAGUAUAACAGCAAUUGCAGUAUCUGGUAGUAAUAUGCAUAUUGCAUUUUACAGUGAUAAUGGAUAUUUAUAUCUUGGCUCAGAAGAUUUACAAGUAAAAUAUAUUGAAGUUAAUACUGGUAUGAAUGAGCCAUUAAGUGAUAUUGCAUGGUGUGGUACUGAAGCUGUUGUUUGUUGUUGGAAUAGUACAAUAAUGAUUAUUGGACGUAGUGGUGAAACAACAUUAUAUACAUAUGAUACAACAGUACAUCUUGUAUGUGAAAUUGAUGGUGUUAGAGUUAUAUCUGGUACAUCACAUGAGCUAAUACAAAAAGUACCAAAUGUUGUACAAAAAAUAUUUCGUAUUAAUUCAACAGAUUCAGCAUCAUAUUUAUUAGAAGCAUCAAAACAAUAUGAAAAACGUAGUCAUAAAGCUGAUAGUUAUAUUGAUUUAGUUAAAAAUAAAUUAGAUAGUGCUAUUAAAGAUUGUGUUAAUGCAGCAAGUCAUGAAUUUAAUUGUAAUACACAAAAGCUAUUAAUGAAAGCAGCAAAAUUUGGUAAAGGUUUUAGUUGUACAAUUAAUCCAGAACGUUAUGUACAAAUGUGUAGAAUAUUAAGAGUUUUAAAUGCAAUAAGACAUACAGCAAUUGGUAUACCAUUAACAUUUACACAAUUAGAUAUGCUUACAUCACAAGUACUACUUGAUCGUUUAGUUGUUAGAAAACAUUAUUAUUUAGCAAUACAAAUAGCAAGACAUCUUGAAAUGCCUGAAAUUAUUGGUGAAAGUAGAAUAUUAGCACAUUGGGCAUGUUAUAAAGUUAAACAAACAUUAUUAGAUAAAGAACAAAUUGCUGAAGAAAUUGCUGCUAAACUUGGUUAUGCACCUGGUGUAUCAUACAGUGAAAUUGCUGAAAAAGCAGCAAAUUAUGGAAGAAAACAAUUGGCAAUUAAACUUAUUGAUUAUGAACCAAAAGCACAAUUACAAGUACCAUUAUUAUUAAAACUUGGUGUUGAACAAACAGCACUUAAUAAAGCUGUUGAAAGUGGUAAUACAGAUCUUGUAUAUACUGUUAUAUUAAAUUUUAAAGAAAAUAUGACAAAUGUUAAUUUUGAAAUGUCAAUAAAACAUUGUCCUUUAGCAAUGUCAUUAUAUAUUAAAUAUUGUCAAAAUCAUAAUCGUGAUACUUUACUUGAUAUUUAUAUUAUGCAUGAUGAUUUUUAUUCACAAGCAUUAUGGUAUAUUAAAGAAAGUUUUAAAUUAAAAAAUUUACAAACAAAAGAUGCAUUAUUACAAAAUGCAUAUGAAAAAUUUAAAAUGGGAAGAUAUGAUAGUAAUGCAUCAUUAACUGAAGAACAAGUUAAAUUAUUAAAAUAUCAAAAAUCAUUAGAGGAUACAUUGAGACAACAAAUUGUUGGUAAAUCAUUACAUGAUACUGUUAAAAUAUUAUUAUUACAAAAUGAAAUUAAACUUGCUGAUAAAUUAAGAUCAGAAUAUAAAAUACCAGAUAGAAGAUAUUGGUGGUUGAGAAUACAGUGUCUUGCUGAAAAACAAUUAUGGAAUGAACUUGAUAAAUUUUCAAAAAGUAAAAAAUCACCAAUUGGAUAUGAGCCAUUUAUUGAUGAGUGUUUAUUACAUGGUAAUCAAAUUGAAGCUAAAAAAUAUUUACCACGUAUUAGAGAAGAUAUUAAAGUUAAAUAUUUAGCUAAAUUAAAUAUGUUAAAUGAAGCUGCACAAAUUGCAUAUGAACAAAAAGAUACAUCAGCAUUGUCAUUUGUUUUAGCACAAUGUGGAACAUCUGAUCGUCAAGUUGCUGAAAAAAUUAAUUCAAUGAUUGCUAGUCUUAGAAGUGGAAAAUAAAUUAUAUUAUUUUAUUUUUAAUUAUUAUUAUUACACCAUAUAUAUGUAUAUUAUUAUUUUCAUUUUGUAUAUAAUUGUUUAAUUAUGUUUUUAAUUAUAAUAACAAUUUAUUAAUAUAAUUAAUGUUUAAUUUUUUA